GAUGCAGACAGACUAAUCCACUGAAAAAGGCAAAAAUCAUCCAGCUUAACCCGGUUGAAGGAAAUAUUCAGGACGACAUUGGAAGGAACCGGUCACCAGGAUUUUGAAUCCGCCACAGACUUUGUCUAGUCUGAGAACAGGCACUGAUGGCCUUGAAGAGAAGACAGUAGUGAAUGCUGUUGAGGGCUCCAGUGUCCAAGGGAUGGUUUUGGGCAGGAGUGAUGAAUGGAUGCCAAGUUCCAGAGAGCUUGUGAGAAUGUCUCGGCUUGCUCACUUAGCCUCCUUACAGGUCACCUUUCUUAUGCUGUUUUUGUGCUGGGACGUACUCAGUCGAACCCUGCCUGUUGGUCCAGAUUAUUUGCAGCGUGGGUGGCAGAGGCUUCUGGAGGAGGGGGAAAGCUGUGUGGAAUGUAGAUUGGAAGAAUGUCCUAUACCACGUGGCUGUCUUGCUGGGGUGGUGCUGGAUGCUUGUGACUGCUGUUGGGAGUGUGCCAAUCUGGAGGGACAGAUCUGUGACCUGGACAAUACCAACCACUUUUAUGGCAAGUGUGGGGAUCACUUAGAGUGCCACCUUGAUUCUGGGGACCUACGGCAUGGUGAGGUGCCUGAGCCCCAGUGUACUUGCCAAUCUACCCAGGCUCUCUGUGGUUCUGAUGGCAAGACAUAUGCCCAAAUCUGCAAAUUUCAAGAGGUGCGCAACUCCCACCCAGAGGCUAAUCUUACUGUGGCCCAUGAAGGACCCUGUGAAUCAGAGCCCCACAUAAUAUCUCCUCCAUAUGACAUCUGGAAUAUCACUGGGCAAGAUGUGAUCUUUGGUUGUGAGGUCUUUGCAUACCCCAUGGCAUCCAUAGAAUGGAGGAAGGAAGGACUGGAUAUGCUGCUUCCUGGAGAUGAUCCCCAUAUCUCAGUUCAGUUUAGGGGAGGCCCUCAGAAAUAUGAGGUGACCAGCUGGCUACAGAUCCAAGCUGUCCGGGUAACUGAUGAGGGAACUUACAGUUGCUUUGCAAGGAACAACGUUGGGCAAGUGGCAGCUCCAGCUAGCCUUGUGGUUCUCACUCCUGAUCAAGUGAAUAUGACUGAAUUGGCCCUGCCAAAGAUGCCCAAACUAGGACCAGAUGAUGACAUGGAGAGUGAUGAGUCAUAUGACUAUUACUGAAAGUGCAUGUGUAGGGGAGCUGUCACAGGAAAGAGACAUGUACAUUCAUUCCCGUUUGAGUAUUUGCCUCCUCAUCUACUGCAGUCCCAGACUUCUGGGAUAGUAUUGAGCCUUUAUGCUGAAAAUCGUCUAUGACAGUUCUAAUAUCAGUUCAUUUUGGGUGGGGAAGAUAAAUCUAUUUAAUCAUUUGACCCAUCCUUUUACUGGGUGAAGGGGACAGCAAACAAGUGGGAAGAGGGGAUUGUUGUAUUGUAUUUAGUUGAUCCCAGAGCA